GCCCCGGAGAGGCUGCCGCGUCCUCCACGGGUUCUGAUCCCGGCCGGCAGCUCAGUUCCCCGCGGCCCGGUGCUCGCGGCCAGCCCCGUGGGCGCCGCGUCGCGCCGGAGCCGCGUUUCCGCCCGAGCGCCGUCCCCUCCCCGCCCGCCCCUCCUCCGGCUUCCACUCCGCCCACUGGCGGAGCCGAGAGCCGGGCCCGGCUUCCUGCUGCCGAGGACCGUCAGCCCCGUCUUCAGCGCCGUGGGUUCCGGGGACGGUCCGGGUGCAGAGAAAGAGAGAAAAUAAGCAGGGGGACCAGUAGGCAGAGGGAGAAGCAGACUCCCGGCUGAGCAAGGAGACUGACGGAGGGACUGGAUCCCAGGACCCUGGGAUCAUGACCUGAGCCAAAGGCAGACGCCCAACAGACUGAGCCACUCAGACGUCCCUAUCGCAUAUACUGGUUGGGGUCCAGCUAUGGAGAAACUCCAUGGGCAUGCAUCUGCCCACCCGGACAUCCUCUCCUUAGAUAACCAGUGCCUGGCCACACUUCCUGACCUGAAGACCAUGGAGAAACCACAUGGGCAUGUGUCUGCCCACCCAGACAUCCUCUCCUUAGAUAACCAGUGCCUGGCCACACUUCCUGACCUGAAGACCAUGGAGAAGCCACAUGGGCAUGUGUCUGCCCACCCAGACAUCCUCUCCUUAGAAAACCAGUGCCUGGCCACGCUUCCUGACCUGAAGACCAUGGAGAAACCACAUGGGCAUGUGUCUGCCCACCCAGACAUCCUCUCCUUAGAAAACCGGUGCCUGGCCACACUCUCUGUUCUAAGAAGUACUGUGUCUACCAGCCCCUUGCUUCACUGUCUCCAGAGAGCUCACCUGGUACAAGCUGAUCUGCGUAGCCUGAACAUCAGCAACUGUCCACUCUCUGAGCCUCCAACCUGGAGGGCCCAGGGCCUCUCUGAGGAGCGAGGCUGUCCCAGCCGCCCCAGGGCCUUGAAAUCCGUCUCUGCCACAGAGAGAGCUCCUGAAACAGCUUUGGGUCAUUGUUCCUCUUCAGAAGAGAAAAUGCCAGAAGAGAAGGAAUGGGUAGAGGUUCAAAUGCCUUUUUAUAAUCUAAGCUUGGGAGAGGAGGAAAAGGUAGAGGAGCCUGUCCUGAAGCUCACUGCUGGGGACUCUGAAUCUCAUCCUGGGCCCACUGACCAGGCCCUUAAGGACAAGAAGAUGGUUCUCAUAAGCUUGCUGUGCUCCACUCUGACAUCAAAGGUAAACAUAGAAGAUGCAGCUGACCUGACUUCAGGUACUCUCUUUGAAGUCUGUAGUGAACUUGCCCCCUUGGAGCCUGAGUUCAUCCUUAAGGCAUCUCUGUACGCCAGGCAGCAGCUGAACAGUCGGACUGUGGCCAACAAAGUGUUGGCCAUUGCUGCCUUCUUGCCACUCUGCCGCCCCCACCUGCGACGCUAUUUCUGUGCCGUUGUCCAGCUGCCUUCUGAUUGGAUCCAGGUAGCCGAGUUCUACCAGAACCUGGCUGGAGGAGAGGAGGACAAGCUGGCGCCCCUGCCUGCCUGCCUGCGUGCUGCCAUGACUGACAAAUUUGCCCAGUUUGAUGAGUACCAGCUGGCUAAGUACAAUCCUUGGAAGCACCGGGCCAAGAGACGCCCCCGCCCGCCUCCCCGCCCUCCAAAAUCAAGGAGAGAAAGGCAGAGGAGCCAAGUAGAGCUCAGGAGGCAGAGAGGGCAGGGCCUACCUCUUUCUUGGCUGGCUUCCUUUUUGGUAGAGAGGGGCUUUUGGAACUAUUGGAAUGGCUCUCUCCAAGGACGAGUUCCUUUUCCCAUUUUGAAAUUGCUUCUCCUGUCCCUACAGAAGACAGGGCGCCCAUUUUCUGAGACACAAAAAUAUUUGCCGAGGUACCUUAGGCCUCUUAAAGAUGAACAGAAGAAGUUUGAGGAGACCUACAACGCAGUGCCAGAGAAAAAGAAGCAGCCGAGGUUCACUCUCAAGAAGUUAGUACGGCGACUGCACAUCCGGGAGCCUGCUCAGCACGUCCAAGCCUUGCUGGGCUACAGGUACCCCUCCAACCUACAAAUGUUUUCUCGAAGUCGCCUCCCUGGGCCAUGGGAUUCUAGCAGAGCUGGGAAGCGGAUGAAGCUUCCUCGGCCAGAGACCUGGGAGCGGGAGCUGAGCCUGCGGGGGAACAAAGCUUCUGUCUGGGAGGAUCUCAUUGACCAUGGGAAGCUUCCCUUCAUGGCCAUGCUUCGGAAUCUGCGCAACCUGCUGCGGGUUGGGAUCAGCGCCCGCCACCACGAGCUUGUACUCCAGAGACUCCAGCAUGAGAAUUCGGUGAUCCACAGUCGGCAGUUUCCAUUCAGAUUCCUUAAUGCCCAUGAUUCCAUCAAUAACUUUGAGGCCCAACUCAAAAGUAAAGCAUUGCCACUGCCUUCCAAUACAAAGCUGAUACGUUCGAUAAUGACUAGAAAUGCAAAAAAGGACAAGAAUUGGACCUAUCGGAGGUAUCCUUACAACCCAAGUCGUCAGAAACUUCGGACAACAAUGAUGAUACCGGUGAUAUAUGAGCAGCUCAAGUGGGAAAAGCUGAAAAUACAAAAGGCCGGACGGGGAAAAUAUGAUAGUGAGAUGUUGGCUCGGUACCGGCAGGCCCUGGAGACAGCUGUGAACAUCUCCGUGAAGCACAACCUGCCCCUGCUGCCCGGCCGCACCAUCUUGGUCUAUCUGAGGGACAUGGGGAUAGAUGAGCUCUGUCGGAAGAGCAACCUACAAGGGCCCCCCAUAAACUAUGUGCUGCUGCUGAUUGGGAUGAUGAUUGCACGGGCGGAGCAGGUGGAUCUCUUACUGUGUGGAGGAGGCACUAUAAGGACUGCAGUUCUUAAGGCAGAAGAAGGCAUCCUGAAGACUGCCCGCACGCUCCAGGCUCAGGUCCAGGAUUUGGGUGAAGAGCGUGGAUUGUCCAUGAACACUUUUGGGAAGUACCUGCUGUCUCUGGCUGCCCAAAGAGUUCCUGUGGACAGGGUCAUCCUCUUUGGCAACACUAUGUAUAACAGACUGGUAGAUGAGGCCAAACAGCUUUUCUGGCAGCAUGUGAAUUCCAAGUGCCUCUUUGUUGCUGUCCCCCUGGAAAGGACAUAUAACACAUUACCAGAUUCGAAUCCCAAUAACGUGACACUCUCAGGCUACACUGACGGGAUCCUGAAGUUCAUUGCUGAGCGUGGGGCCUCCCGUCUUCUAGAACAUGUGGGCCAAAUGGACAAAAUGUUCAAGAUUCCACCACCCCCAGGAAAGACAGGGGACCUGUCUCUCCGGCCACUGGAAGAAAAUGCUCUAAGCCCCUUGGCUCCGGUUUCCCAGCCUGGAUGGCACAGCAUCCGGCUUUUCAUUUCCUCCACUUUCCGGGACAUGCACGGGGAGCGGGACCUGCUGCUGAGAUCCGUGCUGCCAGCACUGCAGGCCCGAGCGGCCCCCCACCACAUCAGCCUUCAUGCCAUCGACCUGCGCUGGGGCGUCACUGAGGAGGAGACCCGUAGGAACAGACAACUGGAAGUGUGCCUGGGGGAGGUGGAGAAUGCACAGCUGUUUGUGGGGAUUCUGGGCUCCCGCUAUGGCUACGUUCCCCCCAACUACAACCUCCCUGACCAUCCUCACUUCUGCUGGGCCCAGCGGUACCCUCCAGGCCGCUCUGUGACGGAGAUGGAGGUGAUGCAGUUCCUGGACCGGGGCCUGCGCCUGCAGCCCUCUGCCCAAGCUCUCAUCUACUUCCGGGAUUCCAGCUUCCUCAGCUCUGUGCCGGAUGCAUGGAAAUCUGACUUUACUUCUGAGUCUGAAGAGGCUGCACAUCGGAUCUCAGAACUGAAGAGCUUCCUGAGCAGACAGCAAGGGAUUACCUGUCGCAGAUACCCCUGUGAGUGGGGGGGUGUGGCAGCUGGCCGGCCCUAUGCUGGGGGUCUGGAGGAGUUUGGGCAGUUGGUUCUGCAGGAUGUGUGGAAUAUGAUCCAGAAGCUUUACCUACAGCCUGGGGCCCAGCUGGAACAGCCAGCGUCCAUCCCAGAUGAUGACUUGGUCCAGGCCACCUUCCAGCAGCUGCAGAACCCACCGAGUCCUGCCCGACCGCACCUUCUUCGGGACAUGGUGAAGCAGCUAAUGCUGCACCGAGAGAGGCUGAGCCUGGUGACUGGGCAGUCAGGACAGGGCAAGACGGCCUUCCUGGCAUCACUUGUGUCAGCCCUGCAGGCUCCCGAUGGGGCCAAGGUGGCCCCCUUAGUCUUCUUCCACUUUUCAGGGGCCCGCCCAGACCAGGGUCUUGCCCUCACUCUGCUCAGACGCCUCUGUGCCUAUCUGCAUAGCCAACUGCAAAAGCCGAGCGCCCUCCCCACCACCUACCGGGGCCUGGUAUGGGAGCUCCAGCAGAGGCUGCUGCCUGAGUAUGCUCAGUCCCUGAAAAGUGGCCAAACUUUGGUGCUGAUCAUUGAUGGGGCUGACAGGUUGGUGGGUCAGCAUGGGCAGCCAGUCUCAGACUGGAUCCCGAAGAGCCUUCCCCCGCGGGUGCAUAUGGUACUGAGCAUGUCUACUGAUGCGGGCCUGGGGGAGACCCUUGAGCAGAGCCAAGGUGCCCAUGUGGUGGCCCUGGGGCCUCUGGAGCCAUCUGCCCGGGCCCGGCUGGUGAGAGAAGAGCUGGCUCUGUAUGGGAAGCGCCUGGAGGAGUCACCUUUUAACAACCAGAUGCGGCUGCUGCUGGUGAAGCGGGGGUCCUCCCUGCCGCUCUACCUGCGCUUGGCCACCGAUCACCUGAGGCUCUUCACGCUCUAUGAGCAGGUGUCUGAGACACUCCGGACCCUGCCUGCCACUGUCCCCCGGCUGCUGCAGCACAUCCUGGGCACCCUGGAGCAAGAGCAUGGCCCCGAUGUCCUUCCCCAAGCCUUGGCCACCCUCGAAGCCACACGUAGUGGUCUGACUGUGGACCAGCUGCAUGGUGUGCUGAGUGCAUGGCGGAUACUUCCCAGGGGGUCCAAGAGCUGGGAAGAAGCAGUGGCAGCUGGUAACAGUGGGGACCCCUACCCCAUGGGCCCAUUUGCCUACCUCGUCCAGAGUCUGCGCAGUCUGCUAGGGGAGGGCCCCGUGGAGCGUGCUGGUGCCCGGCUCUGCCUCCCUGCCGGGCCCCUGAGGACAGCAGCUAAAUGCCGAUAUGGGAAGAGGCCGGGGCUGGAGAAGACAGCACACAUCCUUGUUGCAGCUCAACUCUGGAAGACUUGUGACCCUGAUGCCUCAGGCACCUUCCGAAGUUGCCUACCUGAGGCUCUGGGAGAUCUGCCUUACCACCUGCUCCAGAGCGGGAACUAUGGCCUUCUUGCAAAAUUCCUUACCAAUCUCCAUGUGGUGGCCGCACACCUGGAACUGGGUCUGCUCUCUCGGCUCCUGGAGGCCCAUGCCCUCUAUGCUUCCUCAGUCCCUGCAGACAAACAAAGUCUUCCUGAGGCUGACACUGCUGUGUUUCACGUGUUCCUGAGGCAGCAGGCUCCAGUCCUCAGCCAGUACCCCCUGCUCCUGCCCCAGCAGGCAGCCAACCAGCCCCUGGACUCGCCUGUUUGCCUCCAGGCCCCACAGCUUUCCCGGCGAUGGCGCCUCCAGCUCACGCUACGAUGGCUGAAUAAACCCCACACCGUGGAGGGCCAGCAGAGCUCCAGCCUGUCUCUGGCAGUUUCCUCAUCCCCCACAGCGGUGGCCCUCUCCCCCAGUGGGCAAAGAGCUGCUGUGGGCACUGCCAAUGGGAUGGUUUACCUGUUGGACCUGAGAACCUGGCAGGAGGAGAAGUCUUUGGUGAGCGGCUGCGAUGGGGUCUCCUCUUGCUCAUUCCUCUCGGACAGGGCCCUCUUUCUUACUGCCUUUGACGGGCUUCUGGAGCUCUGGGACCUGCAGCAAGGUUGUCGGGUGCUCCAGACCAGUGCUCACCAGUACCAAAUCACUGGCUGCUGCCUAAGCCCAGAUGGUCGGCUGCUGGCCACCGUGUGCCUAGGGGGAUGCCUAAAGCUAUGGGACACAGUCCGUGGGCAGCUGGCCUUCCAGCACACGUGUCCCCGGCCCCUGAACUGCGUUGCUUUCCACCCAGAGGGGCAGGUCAUAGCUGUAGGCAGCUGGGCUGGCAGCUUCAGCUUCUUCCAUGUGGAUGGGCUUAAAGCUACCAAGGAACUGGGAGCCCCAGGGGCCUCUGUCCGUACCUUGGCGUUCAGUGUGCCUGGGCGGGUUGUGGCUGUGGGUCGGCUGGACAGCAUGGUGGAGCUGUGGUCCUGGCUUGAGGGGGCACGGCUAGCUGCCUUCCCUGCCCACCAUGGCAGUGUGGCUGCUGCCGGGUUCCUGCGCGCUGGGCGCCAGUUCCUGACGGCCGGACAGGAUGGCAAGGUUCAGGUGUGGUCUGGAUCUCUAGGUCGGCCCCGGGGGUGCCUAGGUUCCUUUUCUCUCUCUCCUGCCCUCUCUGUGGCUCUCAGCCCAGAUGGUGAUCGGGUGGCCAUUGGGUACCGAGCAGAUGGCAUCAGGAUCUACAAAAUCACUUCAGGUCCCCAGGGGGCUCAGCGUCAAGCACUAGAUGUAGCAGUGUCUGCACUGGUCUGGCUAAGCCCUAAGGUGUUGGUGAGCGGUGCAGAAGACGGGUCCCUGCGAGGCUGGGCUCUCCAGGAAAGUUCCCUUCAGUCCCUCUGGCUCUUGUCCAGAUACCAGAAGCCCGUGUUGGGACUGGCCACCUCCAAAGAACUCUUGGCUUCUGCCUCAGAAGAUUUCACAGUGCGCCUCUGGCCAAGGCAGUUGCUGACACUGGCGCAGACAGCAGGAGACUUUCCCUGUGGCACUGAGCUCCGGGAACAUGAGGCUCCCGUAAGCUGCUGUAGCUUCAGCACCGAUGGACGCAGGCUGGCCACUGGGGGCAGGGACCGGAAUCUCUUCUGCUGGGAUGUGUGGAUGCCCAAAGCCCCUGUUCUGAUUUGCUCCUUCUCUGCCUGUCACCGUGACUGGGUCACUGGCUGUGCCUGGACCAAAGACAACCUACUGGUCUCCUGUUCCAGUGAUGGCUCUGUGGGGCUGUGGGACCCAGAACGGCAACAGCAGCUUGGCCAGUUUCUAGGUCAUCAGAGUGCCGUGAGCGCCGUGGUGGCCGUGGAAGAACACGUGGUGUCUGUGGGCCGAGAUGGGACCUUGAAAGUGUGGGACCAUCAGGGCGUGGAGCUGACGAGCAUCCCUGCUCACUCGGGACCUAUCAGCCACUGUGCAGCUGCCCUGGAGCCCCGGGCAGCUGGGCAGCCUGGGUCAGAGCUUCUGGUGGUGACUGUUGGACUGGAUGGGGCCGCACGGUUGUGGCAUCCACUCUUGGUGUUUCAAACACACACCCUCCUGGGACACAGUGGCCCAAUCAGUGCAGCUGCAGUUUCAGAGACCUCAGGCGUCCUGUUGACCGCCUCAGAGGAUGGUUCCGUACGGCUCUGGCAGGUCCCUGGGGAAGCAGAUGACACAUACACUCCCAGGAGUCCUGCAGCCAUCACUGCUGUGGCGUGGGCCCCAGAUGGUUCCAUGGCAGCGUCUGGGAAUCGAACUGGGGAACUAACCCUGUGGCACAAAGCUAAGGCUGUGGCCACAGCACAGGCUCCGGGCCACAUCAGUGCUCUGGUGUGGUACUCGGCACACACCUUGAUUGUUCUCAGCGCUGAUGAAAAGGUCAGCGAGUGGCAAGUGGAACUGCAGGAGGGUUCGACACCCGGAAAUUUCAGUCUUCACCUGAACCGAGUUCUGCAGGAGGACUUAGGCUUCCUGACAGGAGUGGCCCUGGCUCCAGACGGUCACUCCCUCCUCUUGGCCGAUGCGGGUUUGCAGUUACAGUGCAUGAAGCCAGGGGAUGCUCCUUCUGUAAUCUGGAGCAGCCACUAUUCAGAAUGUGCUAUGUUAUUGUCCACCCAUCAAGACUAUGGUGUGUUUGUCCUGCAGCCAGCGGAACCUGGAGGCCUUUUUUUCUUAAGGCAGAAGGAGUCAGGGGACUUUGAAGAGAACCUUGAGUUUCAGCUGGACUUGGAGAAUCCUACUGGGACCUUCGUGUUGGUAACCCAGGCCAAACCGGAAUCUGAGUCCUCGUUUUUGUGUGCCAGCUCUGAUGGGAUGCUAUGGAAACUCGCCAAGUGUACCCCUGAAGGAGAAUGGGAGACAGGCAACCUCUGGCAGAAAACAGAAAUGCCUGAAACCCCAACUCCAGAGACAGCCUCAUCUGUGAAUGACGGAAGCACAGGUAGCUGGUCCCCACCCCCACGGCUGGCGACUCAGCAGCGCAGAAAGAUUCACUCGGGCUCUGUCACAGCCCUCCAUGUGCUGCCUGGGUUGCUGGUGACAGCUUCACAGGACAGAGAUGUUAAGCUGUGGGAGAGACCCAGUAUGCAGCUGAUAAAAGGCAUCGCUGCGAGAGAAAAACAAGUUCGUAAGGACGCCCUAGGCUUAGAGCCCUCAUCUCGCUGUCUCUCGUUCCCCAUUGUAGCUGGGUCUGUUCCAAUGCGAGGCAGCUGUCAGCUGCCUGGAACCUUGGCUGGGCCCCGACUCUGCGCUGCAGCUUGCAGUGGGAGACACACUGGGCAACGUGUACUUUCUGUCCUGGGAGUGAAGAUGCACCACCCACUUGUGCUAGAGAUGCAAAGCCAGAAGAUACCAGUGGCUACUUUCUUGAUUAAAAUUUUUAAAAUAAAGUGUCAGAAAAUCUCCAGUGCAGUCCUGCCUGUGUUCUGACGUGGAUGUGGAUCAAGAAGAAUACGACGUUCUCAUGUUUCUUUUCUGAUUUAACAUCAGUCCUUACUGGAACCGCAAGAAGGAGAACCAGCUCUUUAAUAGGUAUUCUUUGAAACCAGGCUUUAGAAAUCUUGUGUCAUUUGCUGGCCCGAGGGUCCUGAGACGCCAUUCCUGACAGGGGGAGGAAUGAGUGAUGCUGGCCAGCGCUUAGUUGGAACAGAGCGCUGAAGAAAUCUCACUUGGUCAAGAAAUAAUAAAAGAAGGAAGCGUGAGUUGACAGUGCCCCCCAGGCAGGGCAUUUAGAGAGAACAUUAGGUUCCUCCCAUAGAAACAGCCUCUUCUGUGCGGAACUGCCCAGAUGAGCGGUGAGAAGCCCGGGCGCUGAGUAGAACCAGACUCCUGGCUUUCACAGCCUCUGACCGAACAGCACCAGCCACUCGACUUGCACACGUUUGUCAAUAUAGUAAUUUGCACUCUUGGAAGAAACCACAAAGGUGUAGCUCUCAAAUUGAAGUUCACAAAGAUUAAAACGAAUGGAGAGAUGGAACAGUCCUACCCAUGGACUCACCAUGGACUGUGAUCCUUUUAAGUUCUAGAACCUUAUUUUCCUGUAAUUCUAUCUUAUGGGAGAGGAAGUUGCCUGAGGCUCUUUCUAAGGGUUAGGGAAAGGUUAAAGGUCUUCUAUGUCCAAGAAUUUAAGGACUUGUGUAUGAUAAGCCAGGUUUACAAGAUUUUGUCCCAGGACGGUAGGGUUCUCUCAGAGAAAUAUCACUGCACUCUGAUCUAGAAAUGAGUUUUGAGGAAUUGGGGAGUUGAGGGGUACUGAGUUUUGUUCUCACUUUGCCCUGAUUCCAGGUUUUCAUGGACAAAUCACCUGAGGGACUUUUUCCUUAUUUCUAUCAGUGCCCCACGGUCUCCCUCAGCCAGAGAAUAAAUAUAUAAGAAAUGCCAUCAGCUGAUGUCUUAAUCAUAGGUCAUGCUUCUAUAUUUUCUCAUGUGUCUCAUGCAAGGGCUCUAAAAAUACCUUCUAGACCACUUCCUCCACAUACCUUGUGACCAGAAUCCAAAUUAAGGUUAUUUGAAAUUUAUGAUUUAUAAUACUACCCAGAAAUGCUACAGAGAACCAUGGCAUGGCAUCAUCCUAAAAGUUGCUGCUUUCAAUCUUUUUGCCUUUUGCUUCCCUGAGAGCAUGGGCCAAGGACAGGAGGAAGCCCUAGAUGUCUGUCUUCUAUGCUCUAAAAAUUCUACAAAAGCACCCCAUCUAAGGCUGGAGGAAUGGGGAUGGAGAACGUUAAGAAAAGGCUAACUUGACCUUUGCUCAAUAGACUCAGCCUUGUUGGCCAGGCCCUCUUGAAGGUUUUUUUCUGUCUUUCUUAUCUUGUAGGUGUACAGCAAGGUCAUAGUAUAAUUGCUGUGAGUGACAGUAAGAAGAGACUCUAGGUAAAAGUAAAUAUGUGUCCAAGGGAGUUGAAGGGAAAAUUAAUUUAGGUUGUAGUUUAAACAUCUUCUGAGAUCAUUGUUUUUGUU